AUGGCUCCUUGUGAUGAUAUGUAUGGUAUAAAUCUGAUUAUGUAUGAUGAUGAAAGCUUGAUGAUUUGUGUUCAUAAAAUGAUUCAAAUAAUAGACGGUAAUAAUUACCUAACGAUUGGAAACAUGAAUGGUUUAUUGCUUGAUUAUUCUGAUGCCGCACACACUCUUGAAAUAUACAACUCGGAUUUGCAUGCUGUACAACCGGACCUACAUUUACCCCAAGGCUCGUCUCUCUUUGUUGAAAAGAAAGACCAUUUGGUUUCGCCAAAUGGCCUUUUCACAGCUGGUUUUCACGAAAUUGGCCAAAAUGCUUAUUGCUUCGGGAUAUGGUUUACACAGCCCACGGAGGACGGAAAACACACUUUGGUUUGGAUGGCAAACAGAGAUGAACCUGUCAACGGAAAACGCUCCAAGUUUUCGUUGGGGAAAACAGGAGAUCUUGUUCUAACGGACGCUGGCCGGAGAUUUUGGACAAGUAAUACGAAUUCAAAGUUUCCUGUGCAACUGAAACUUCUUGAUUCGGGUAACCUUGUUCUUAUCCACAUAGACAAUAAGUCAUAUAUUUGGCAAAGCUUUAGUUCUCCAACUGACACCAUACUUCCCAAUCAACCUUUUACCAAAGAUACUGCUCUUACAUCUAUAAGAAGUUUAACAAACUUUUCUUCCGGUUUUUAUAAAUUUUAUUUCGACAAUGACAACGUAAUCAAACUUCUUUACAACAGAGAUGAAGUAACCAGUGUCUUUUGGCCUAGGCCUUGGUUACUACCUUGGGCAGCAGGAAGGACCACUUACAACAAUAGUAGAUUUGCUUCACUUGAUUCCAAAGGCCGUUUCUGGUCUUCGGAUAGUUUUACUUUUCUCACCAGCGAUUACGGCAAAACCCUUCAAAGAAGACUGACACUUGAUGUUGAUGGCAAUAUUAGAGUUUACACACUAAACAAAAGAAGGUGGAUUGUUACAUGGCAUGCAAUUUCAACAACUUGUGCAAUUCAUGGGGUUUGUGGUCCAAACAGCCUUUGUACCUAUAGUCCUGAAUCCGGAAGGACAUGCGCGUGUAUGCAUGGGUACAAGGCGAAGAAUCACUCAGAUUCGUCUUUUGGGUGUGAGCCUACAUUUGAUCUCACAAAACAUCCUGAGAACUAUGACUUCAUAAGGCUCCCUUUCGUCGAAUUUUACGGAUUUGAUUCUCAGUUCUCAUCAAGAUCCACUUUCAGUGAAUGCAAAAAAGCCUGCUUGGAUGAUCCUAACUGUAAAGCCAUCCAAUUCAACUUUGACCAAGGAUAUGGUGCUUUUGUCUGUUAUGUCAAGACUUUGUUGUACAAUGGCUUCUACAAGGGUACACCUUUCAAUACUUAUCUUAAGUUGCGUAAGACUGAUGUAUUGUCAUAUAAUCAAAAGGUUGCUAAUGAGUCAAAAUUGGAGUGCUCCACUUCUGUGAUAGAGCUAAAACGACCAUAUGAAGAAAAGGAUGAAAGUGGGUCUCGCAAGUUUAUGUUGUGGUUCAGCAUCAUCCUAGGUGGAAUUGAAGUCUUGUGCUUUCUAUUCUUUUGCUUAAUCACCAAAAGAACCUCAGGCAAAACCACCCAAUCCUACCUUGCAAUUGCUACUGGAUUCAAAAGAUUCACAUACGAUGAGAUAAUGAAGGUGUCACAUAAAUUUAGAGAGGAGAUUGGGAGAGGUGGUGGUGGCAUUGUGUACAAAGGAAAACUGCCUGACAAUCGAGUGGUGGCAAUUAAGGUGCUCCACGACGCCAUCCAGGGAGAGGCUGAAUUUCUAGCAGAGAUGAGCACAAUUGGAAGAAUAAAUCAUAUGAACUUGAUAGAAACGUAUGGUUAUUGUGCUGAGGGAAAGCAUAGGAUCUUGGUGUAUGAGUACAUGGAGAAUGGAUCCUUAGCUAGCAACUUGUUGGUUGCUAACAAGCUUGAUUGGCUGAAAAGGUUUGAAAUAGCCAAAGGUGUGGCUAAAGGGCUAGCUUAUUUACAUGAAGAAUGCUUGGAGUGGGUCUUGCAUUGUGAUGUUAAACCACAUAACAUAUUGUUGGAUGCUAAUUAUAUCCCAAAGGUUGCUGACUUCGGCUUGUCGAAACUAUUCCAUCAAAAUGUUACUGAAGAUUCCAUCUUUUCGAGGAUAAGAGGGACUAGAGGGUAUAUAGCUCCAGAAUGGGUGUUUAAUCUUCCAAUUACGUCAAAAGUAGAUGUUUAUAGCUACGGGAUGGUGGUUCUUGAGAUGCUAACAGGACGAAGUCCCACAUGUGAUCAAGCAAUUGAUUAUAGCAAAAUUGUUGAGCAAAAACGGCUUGUAGACUGGGUGAGGGAGAAGGUUUAUGAGGCUCGCGAGGAUUUGACAGAGACACAACUCAUGGAGAUAUUGGAUCCUGUGAUGACGGAGAGAUUUGAGAUUAUCCAAAUGAAAAAUCUUCUAAGGGUGGCUCUGCAAUGUGUUGAGGAAGAUAAAGAUGCUAGACCAACCAUGAGCGAGGUUGUAAAGAUGCUUCUCGACUCUGACAAGGACUAUUAGUGUGACAACUCGAGCUUUCCCUUCACGUUCCACCCUGCAUUGUAACUAUGUGAAAAGAAUAAAUGCGCUUGAAUAUAUCCGAUUUGCUUAUAUAAAUAUGAAUGUUGUGAACGUUAUUUGUAAAUUUAUAUUAUAAAGGGAAUC